AUGUCUUCCGCUCAAGAUGCCAACAAUGCUCUCGACCUUGUCUCAGACAAGAUUGCCCAGCUGAUCACCUGGUCGGAAAAGUUGAAGCAAGGUGAUGCAGCUGCCAAGUCAUUGGCACAUGAGAUUGCCAUCACUUUGGUUGGUGCAUUUGCCCAAUAUGGGAAUGCUGUGACUUCCUUCGCUCCAAGGCUUCUGUCUUGUGCAGCCGAGAUCUGUGACAAGAGCAGUCCGAACGGUAAGCUGAGGGGUCUGCCUGACUGGAUGCAGAUCUCGGACAAUGACCCUCACAUCCAGGUUCACCCCCUUUUCCACAAGACCAUCGGCUACACCUGCCCGGCUGGUCCAUCGACACAGGAGGCUCGCUUGGCUUCACCCGUGUCGGUGACCCUCUCCCCCAUCCCUUCUCCCACACCAUUGCCAUCACCACCACCUGCCCCUGCCCCUUCCCGCGCCCCCAAACACAAUCUCUUUGUGCCAGGUACAAAGUGCAAGGCCUCGACUCCCAAUGCUGAACCUUCAGCACCAGAAGGAGAUGUCAUCGUGGUGGUACGCACACCAUUGCCGAAGAAGCUCAAGAUGGAGCUGGCGGUCCGGAAGACCGCGACACCACCGCCCUCGGUCAGCGAUGAAGAUUCUGCCGAGGACACGCACCCCAUGCGCCUCUUCCUGACCCAAUGCGAGCAGUGCAUCAAGGAUGACGUCCCUUGCACCAUGAUGCUGGGUAAGAAGAACGGCGAGGUCCGGAAGUGCUGUCGCAACUGCGAUGGCAAGAAGACCAAGUGCGUCCGUCUGUCCACGGACCAGCAGCGCCUUCUGCAGGCUGCCGUCGCCCUCAAAGGGGUUAAGGCUGCUGCUGCCGCAGAGAAGAAGGCCCGGAAUGGCACCCCGAAGAACAACGCCCCCCCUACCCAGGUCAAAUACAGAACUCGGUCGAGGGCACCGGUCAGCACACGUGCCACCUCCCGAAUUUGCCAGGCACUCACUGCCGAAGAUGAUGUGGAUGCAGAGGUCCCAGCCGUUGUGCUCCCGGCCCAGCCUGAUCCGGUACCAACCCCCACUGUUGACAAUGACAUCAACAUUGACUUCUCUCCUCCCAACAAUCCUCCAACCCACCCAAAUGUCCCCAAAGCCCAGCAGGACGUCGGCCCCAACCCAUCUGUCGCACAGCCGAUGGCUCUUGAUAUAUUCAAGAGCGUCGAGGCCCUCAGCUGGAAGUUCGAUGCCUUGCUCAAGACAUUGGACGAUCGUGCAGAGGCCUUCAAUCAGCAGAUGGACUCUUGGGUCACUGCUUUGGACCAAGACUGGGGCAGCAGAUUUGCCCUCAUGGAGAACAGGCUCUGGGAGGUCGAAAUCAAGACCGCCAACAACACCAUGUCCAUCAGACAUGUCGCCAACAGUGUCAGGGGUUUGAGAGCCGGACAGCCUCUCAACGCUCCUCCUGAAGGCCACCCCUUUGGCCCGAUACCCCCUGCUUGGCUCGCUCUACCGCCGGGUACCCAUGAGGCCAUCCAAUCGGUGGACCAGGGCAUCUCGGUAGUGGGGAAAGAGUGGACCACCGUUUGGGAUCCAUCCAAAGCCAGUGGAGCACAUGGCCCCGGUACCACCUCUGCCUCCGCAGUUUUUCCUGCCGGCUCUCCCACUCUGCCGAGUGGUUCUCAUUUGUCUAGCAUCCCUUCCACCCCCAACAAGUCCGAGAAGUAG